AUUUUCGGCAAUGAAUUUCUCGCGGAUGAUAUCUACCUGACGACGAUUGGCACUCUCAGCUCACUCUCCAACUGCCUAGGUCGCGUAUUUUGGGGUUAUUUGGUGGAUAAGUUCUCCUUCAAGCUUCCCAUUGGGUGUAUGCUCAUACUUUGGUCAUUCUCGCUCUUUUGCUUCCCAAAUGUCUUCAUCUGGGGUGCUGCUGUAGGUCGCUACACCUACGGCAUUUUUGUAUGCCUAAUGUUCUUUUCCAUGGCUGGUGUCUUCGCCAUGAUGCCUGCCGCCACGCGUCUUCUUUUUGGUCCCAAAAACAUGGCCACCAACUACGGCAUGGUCUUUAGUGCAUUCUCUGUUGGCAGUUGUCUCAGUGCGUUUGCCAGUCAAAUGGCUAAGGGAAAAUGGAACUUACUUUUCUAUGGUUCUGCCGGUGUUUGUAUUGUAGGCCUCUUCUUCCUGGUGUGGAUCUUCGAUCCAAAAUUGCCCAAACGGUUCCGAAUCCUUUUCCCCUGUGCCAAAAUGGAUCGCCGACGCUAUUAA